AAACUAUCAUACUACCGAAACAAAUUUCUCAAAACUAAACCGUGAAGUGGAAUUACGAUUUUUUUUUUCUUCGCAGAGAGACUCUUAUGGAAUCAGGUGAUGAAGAGUGGGAAUUGGAUGAAAUGGAGCGUUACGAAAACCAUUUCGAUGAGAAAUUUGAAAAGGCUGCGCAAAACUUGAGUAAAGAGACUGAACCCUAUUCUCAAUUAGCUUUGCUAAUUGAAAUUUGUGGAGUUCUGCCAUUUUGCUCUGAGGAUACAGUCUCUCACAGCUUAGACUUGUUAUCUCCACUACUCGUAGAGCAUGCAAAGAAAAAGAGUAACCCAGAUAUAAUGUUGUUUUCCUUAAGGGCCAUUACCUUUGUAUGUGAUUUGCAUCCUCCAGCACCUGAAUUUUUUGUUGAACAUGAUUUUGUUCCUACAUUGUGUGAAAGCUUAUUUGCUAUUCAGUAUGUAGAUGUUGCUGAACAGUGUGUCAAAGUAUUGGAAAAAAUAUCUCUAAAGCGACCACUUGUUUGCUUAAAGGCUGGAGCAGUUAUGGCUGUUCUCAACCACAUUGACUUCUUCUCAACAGACGUGAAGAGAGUUGCUCUUUCUACUACGGUGAAUUUAUGUAAGAAGCUUUCUUCUGAAAGUCCUUUACCUUUCCUAGAGGCUGCCCCUAUAUUGUGCAAUCUUUUGGGGUAUGAGGAUCAUAAGCUUGUCGAGAAUGUUGCUACCUGCUUGAUCAAAAUUGUGGAUAGUGUUUAUCAGUCCUCAGAAUUGUUGGAUGAGCUUUGUAAGCACGGAUUGAUUCAGCAGGUUACACUUCUUUUAAGUUCAAGUGCUCAGACAACUCUAUCUGAAUUGACUUACUAUGGAUUGGUAGGACUACUUGUCAAACUUUCAUCUCGAUCAUUUGUAGCCUUCAGGAAAUUAUAUGAACUCAAUAUAAGCAGCAUAUUGACACAUAUAUUAUCUACGUUUGAGCUGACAAAUGGAGUGUCAAUGUCGCAACAGAUUGGUGGAAACUGUAAUUGGGUAAAUGAAGUUCUCAAACUGCUAAAUGAGCUUGUCCCUGACCGGACUAAAGAUCAAAAUGAUCAACUGGUGGUAGAUAAAGAAUCCUUCCUAGAUAAUCACUCGGAUCUCCUGCAAAGGCUUGGAAUGGAUGUGUUUCCCAUGUUAAUCAAGAUGUUAAAUUGUGGUGCGAGUUUAUAUGUUUGGCACGGAUGUUUAUCUGUUAUGUACAAGAUAGUUCGUUUGAGCAAAUCCGGGGUGCAUGACGAAUUUCUCAAAAAUGUCAAUAUUUCAAGUUUUUUGGCUGGAGUAUUCACUCAAAAGGAUCAGCACACGUUAAUGUUAGCAUUACUAAUUGCUGAGAUAAUCCUUCAAAAAUUUCCAGAUGAUUUCUUCAUAUUGUUUUUAAAGGAAGGUGUCUAUUUUGCCAUUGAUUCACUAGUAAGACAAGAAAAAAGAACUACAAAAUUGUACCCGGUGUAUUGUGGCACUCAGCUGGACUUUAGUAAAAAAUCUGCCACAAGACAGGCCCUCAAGUGCCCAUGUUAUGCAUUUUCAAGUGGCCAUUCUUCUACGUCAUCAGAAGUCAGAAAAUGCAAGCUUGACAAAAGCUCUGUUUUUGAUCUUGCAGAGCACAUAAAGACAACUUACUUCGUUCGGGAAUUAUUUCAUUCUCAGACUGAUGCUUUACAGAAUCUCAGAACACUAUGUAAUGACUUGUUAAGCAUGUCUACGGACGAUGGUGUUCUUUCUGUGCAUGAGGAGAAGACCAAGAGUAUAUUGUAUCAAAUCAUGGACAAGCUUACUGGAAAGGAACAAUUUUCUAUUUUUGAAUUUAUUGGAAGCGGAGUCCUGAAAUCACUUGCUGAUUAUUUAUCUCAGGGUCGGUACAUGAGGAAAAACAUGGGAAUACAUGAUGUUUUUAAAGAUAAUGCCGUCAUAAAGAAACGGUUUGAGACUUUGGCUACUGUGUGCUUGUUUGCUUUUCAGCCUCUCUCCUGCGAAAAAACUCUUUCUGUCUUCAUAAGGAACUUGCAGAGUGCACUGACUUCAUUGGAAACUUUCCCUGUUAUUCUGAGCAGUGGACUAAAACUGAGAGGUUCAUAUGUCACUGUUCCUAAGAGGCGUCACCUUCCUUACCCUAGUCUGAACGUGUGCUUUGUCAAGGCUGAGGGAGAGGAUUCCCUGAAUGAGUAUUUGAAUUGUACUGAUAGGUUUAUUUAUACUGUUGACCCUUUUUCUUCUCUGCAUUCCAUUGAAGGAUUUUUACGGCCUAAGCUCAGUUCAAAAAGAAUACAGCAUGCUGGAUCAUCAUCCAUCCAUGCACUGUGGCAACCCAAAACUUCUCCGCCUCAAUCACCGUUAAGUUUAAGUACAGUCCCCGUUGAAAUUCCUGUAAAUUUGUGGCACACUGACAUGAUGAUGGAUCUCCCUGAAACACAGGGUUAUGCUGAAGAACUGCAGAUGAAUGUAGGACCAAACCCUGAACAAAAAAAAUGUGAACCUGCAAGUUGCAGCAGUAAAGCUACUCAAAAGGUUGUCUUUUACUAUGAAGGACAACGUAUGGAUCAUAAAUCCAGUCUAUAUCAGGAAAUUCUUCGGCAUGCAUUAAGACAAAAUGAUCCUUUUUCUAGCUUAAAACUGUGGACUAAAACUCAUAAAAUAACAUAUAGAACGGCUGUUGAAAAUGAGGACAUAAUACCUCCGCAAUGUCAUUCUUCGCCUCAGGAUUCCUCUGAUGAUAAUGUAUUAGCAUAUUAUGAGCAUACUUCUUUUUUCUCAGAUUUGCUCUCUGGUGAACUUGUUACUGAUUUGGAGAAGCCAAGCCCAACUUAUGAUAUUUUAUUUCUUCUUAAAAGCUUGGAAAAAAUGAACAGAAUUAUAUUUCACCUUAUGUCUCGUGAAAGAAUUUAUGCUUUUGCCAAAGGGAAAGUUGGAGACCUGGAUAGCCUAAAAAUAACAGUUCCUUGUAUUCCACAAAAUGAGUUUGUAAGCACUAAGUUGACUGAGAAGCUAGAGCAGCAGAUGAGAGACCCUUUGGCGGUCUCCAUUGGUGCUAUGCCAUCGUGGUGCAAUCAAUUAAUGGCUUCAUGUCCUUUCUUAUUUGGUUUUGAGGCAAGAUGCAAGUACUUCAAAUUGGAAGCACUUAGUCAGGCACAAACUCAACCUGGCUGGUUUUACAACGGAUCAGGAUCAACGAGUGAUUUGCGAGUGAGCCUAGGUGAAUUGCCCAGAAAGAAAUUUUUAGUUCAUCGGAACCGGAUUUUGGAAUCUAGUGCAAAAAUGAUGAAGCGGCUUGGUAAUAAUAAAUCUGUUCUUCUGGUGGCAUAUAAUGGAGAAGUGGGCAGUGGUCUUGGACCAACUUUGGAAUUUUAUACCUUGGUGUGUCAUGAGUUCCAGAAACCUGGCUUGGGCAUGUGGAGAGAAGAGGUAAACUUGCAGGUUGAGGAAACGAGAAUCCGUUCUUUUCAUGGUCUCUUUCCACGGCCAUGGUUGCGAGAUACAUCUGGAGGCAUACACUUCUCUGAAGUAGAAAAAAAAUUUUUCCUUCUAGGCCAAGUUCUUGGUAAAGCACUUCAUGAUGGAAGGAUCUUGGAUUUCCACUUCUCUAAAGCUUUUUAUAAACUUAUUCUUGGAAAGGAACUCUCUCUGUACGACAUACAAUGGUUUGAUCCUGAGCUCUAUGUGGUGCUGCAAGAGUUUCAGGCGCUAGUUAUGAGGAAAAAAUAUAUGGAAUCUAUCAAUGAAGGGAAUUCUGACAUCGUAAGCUUUCGAGAUCAGAGAAUUGAAGAUCUUUGUCUAGAUUUCACUCUUCCUGGGUAUCCUGAUAUUGUUCUCGCUUCAGGGACUGGUCAUUCAAUGGUAAACAUGAGAAACCUAGAGGAUUAUGUUUCACUAAUUGUCGAUGCAACUGUGAGGUCUGGAAUUUCAAGACAAGUGAAAGCUUUUCAAUCUGGAUUUAACAAGGUUUUACCCAUUGAACGUAUUCAGAUCUUCAAUGAAGAAGAACUUGAGCGCGUGUUUUGUGGAGAGUCUGACCCUUGGGCUAUCAACGACCUUGAACAUCAGAUUAUAUUUCAUCAUGGGUACACUGCUAGAAGUCCUCCCAUUGUUAAUUUUUUGGAGAUUCUCCAAGAGUUUGAUCAUGAGCAGAAACGAGCAUUUAUGCAGUUUGUGACUGGAUCACCUCGACUUCCACUAGGAGGGUUGGCAUCUCUUUCUCCAAUGUUAACUAUUGUCAGAAAGCAUUCUAGCGAUCAUGCAGACAGAGACCUACCGAGUGUCAUGACUUGUGUUAAUUAUCUCAAGCUACCUCCCUAUUCAUCAAAAGAAAUAAUGAAAGAGAAGUUGUUAUAUGUCAUAACAGAGGGUCAAGGAUCUUUUCAUCUUUCGUGAUUCCAUUCCCUUCACUGGUCGGUUUUUGAGCUAUAAAGAUGCAGUUUUAGGGUAAUGGUGCUACUGAGUUUCUGGCAGAAGUCUGAAAUGAAUAAACAGUUUUCACUUACUACACAACAUGGUUUUACUUGAUGGAUCAGUAUCAAUUGUACAGGAUUGUACAGAAACAGAAGGUUAUUGACUAAGAGUUAUUUGCUUAG